GAACCAGAGCCACGCAACCCAACUCCGCCCUCCCCCCUCUCCCUCCGCGCUCGCGCCAGCCGACCGGUCGCCGCCGCCGGCGCCGUCGCCGUCGCGCCGCCAUGCUCCAGCCCCGAAGCCGCGCACCCAACCGCCCCCUCCUCUCGUCUCCCGCGGCCUCCCCCCUACCCCCUUUCCACCGCCCAGCGGCGCCCGCCGUCUCCCCGAACCCUAGCUCCGCCGCCGCAGAGGGCUACCACCUCGCCGACCUCACCGUCCUCGGCCGCCACCUCAAGUCCCCCUGCAAGACCCACGCCGUCCUCGUCCUCUCCACCGGCGGCGCCCCUUCCUCCGCCCCUGCAGCGCAGCAGCAGUAAAUAUCCAGGUACAGGAAGUUGCAAACAAGUGCUCAAAUGGGGGCAUCUCUCAGCUCCCCCAGCAACGGGAAGCAGACGUCGGAGGCGUCGAAACCAGGUUCCUCGAAGAAGCUGCGCCCCGGUCAUUACCACCCAAGGCUGAUUCCCGACCUCCCGGAUGAGAUCUCCCUGCAGAUCCUCGCGAGGAUGCCGAGGAUGUCGUAUCUUAGCAGAAAGAUGGUUUCACGGAGCUGGAAGGCCGCCAUCACUGGAUCUGAGCUGUAUCGGGUGAGGAAGGAGCUCCGUGUGGAUGAAGAAUGGAUUUACAUACUGAGCAAGGGAGCCGAUGGCAAGCUGUCGUGGCACGCUUUUGAUCCACUUAGCAGCCGAUGGCAGAGGCUGCCGCUCAUGCCCGGAGUUGCUCGUGGGGGGAGCCGUUUGGGCGGUUUGGUGAGUGCUGGGUUUAGGAUCUCUGGUGUCAUUAGAGGAUUGCUUGGUCAGGAGGAUUGGUUAGACAAGAUUCCCUUUUGUGCUUGCGCCGUUGGAGCGGUCGAUGGAUGCCUCUAUGUUCUGGGUGGGUUCUCCAGAGCCACAGCAAUCAAAACUGUGUGCAAGUAUGAUCCGUCUAUAAAUUUGUGGCAGGAAGUAAGCUCGAUGAGCACCGCUCGAGCGUUUGGCAGGACUGGCCUGUUGAACAACAAGCUGUAUGUUGUUGGCGGUGUCAUCAGAGAAGAAACUGGAUUGGCUCCACUCCAAUCUGCUGAAGUGUUUGACCCAGCCACAGGAAUCUGGGCAGAUGUGCCAAACAUGCCCUUCUCCAAAGCACAAACUCUGCCAACUGCUUUCUUGGCCGACUUACUGAAGCCAGUUGCUACAGGGAUGACCACAUUUGGAGGCAAGCUAUAUGUGCCCCAGAGUUUAUAUUCCUGGCCAUUCUUUGUUGAUGUUGGAGGCGAGGUGUUUGAUCCCGAGACGUGCUCAUGGUCAGACAUGCCUGUAGGCCUGAGCGAGGGUUGGCCUGGGAGGCAAGCCGGGACAAAAUUAAGUGCUGUUGUGGACGGGGACCUGUAUGCUCUGGAGCCACCGACUUGUUCUGAUGGAGGAAAGAUAAAGAUAUAUGAUCCUAAGGAGGAUACAUGGAAGGCUGUUGUUAGCGAGGUACCCGUUGGUGACUUUGCGGAGUCGAAAAGUCCCUACUUGCUUGCAGGGCUUCUUGGGAAGCUCCAUUUGGUCAUCAAAGAUAUGAACAACAUGAUCAGCAUCCUGCAAACGGACGCUCUAAGGCCUAUGGACGCGACUGGCUCGACAUGCCAAAACCCAGAUGUCUCUGGGCCUUGGGAGCAAGGCACUGAUGUUUGGAGAAUGGUGGGCUCAAAGAAAUUUGCAGCCGCCGAACUUGUUAGCUGUCAGGCGCUCAGCAUAUGAAGUUUGGAUAAAUCAUACAUACAUUCGGCUGUAUGUACCGUGUGAAUCAUUGUGUCUUUUGUAAAGUAGAUUACUUCCUAUCAUACAUCUGGUCAAGGCAUGAUGAACUUGUUGGGUUCACCACAACAGCUCAUCUGACUGAAUAUCGAUAAGAAAUGUAAUCCAGCAGUGUACACACAGUAUGUGUUUAGUCCAAAUAUGUAAGUAAAUGUUUGGUUCUAUCUCCCCCUAUAUAUAACUUCAGAUAAGAUGGAGAAACUCAUUGCUUUGGACA